GUUGACCAGACCAUCUAAAAUUAUUAUUAAUGUUCCCAAAAUGACGUCAGAUGGCGGCUGAUUUCAGAUCUGGUAACGUUUGCUUGGAUCUCCCAGAGUUAACCUCCAGGCAGAAAAGCAUCUAAAGUUUCUGAAAUGUUUAGUUUCUCACCAAGCUUCACUAGUUUCUGUUCCUUCCAGACUAGAAACUCAUUUUUAAACCCAAAUGUGAUGAAUAUUAGAAAAAACAACAUGGAAGGACUGCAAUGGAAACCAUCACCAGGCUGAGUUCAGAUUCACUGAGAAGAGAUUCCGUCCUGAUGGAAACAGGAACUGAUGAGGGCAGAAGUUGGUCGGGAUUUCCUCCAGCAGGGGGCGCCAGCAGAGAUGUUUCGGUUCAUUAAAUGAUCCGUUUUCACAGUAACUCUGUGGUUCGGGUUUGUUUCCAGAAGAAGUCAGAACCUCCUGAUGGGAGCUGAAGCACGGCUCUGAUCCAAUCAGAGAGUCGAUAGAAAACCAGUAUCUACCUCCUAACGCCGGAGACGAACCUGCAGCUCCGCCAGAUGGGCGGGGUUAACGCGGCUAAGCCCCGCUCCCCCGCCGGAUAAAGACCUGCGGCUGAUCCCCAGUUCCAGUUCAGGUUCUGCUCCUCCAGAGACCCCAUCCUGCCAGCAUGCUGCCCCCGCUGACGCUGAGCCUCCCCCGCAGCCCGGAGGCCAACACCACGGCGGCCGUGGACUGGACCCAGGUGUACGAAGCCGUCCGGUGGAUCCAGCUCAUCAUGGCCUCGUUCAGCAUUGUUGGUUCCGGCUCCAUCAUCUCCCUGAUUAUUCCCAGACUCGGUCAGACGCCCGAGCUGCAGCCUCUGUUCCAGCUGAGCGUGGCCGACCUGCUGCUCGCCACCUGCUGGCUGAUCGGCGCCAUCCUCUACUCUCAGCGCUGCGACCACCUGAGCGCGCUCUGCUACAACCUGCACACCGUGGAGCAGGUAACGGCCGCGCCGCCGCUCUGGGGGAGUCUGACGGGCUUUCUGGGGAAGUUUGAGGGAUUUCCAUGAGUUUUAUCAGGAAGUGGCUCCUCUUUCCUCCUCAAAGCCUUCACUGUUAGAAAAUCUCAGCUUCCUCAAACAGCAGAGAGAAACCGCAGCCUGGACACGAACAGCAUCAGAACCAGCUGCUGUUUCCCACAGAAACUCACGGCUGGACUCAGUCUGGGACACAAACACUGACACAGAAAUAUUUCAGUGGAUUCAACUCAAAAAUUGUGUUUGGUUUCAAUGAAAGUUGAAGAAAAAACCUUCAUGGUUUCUAAUUUUAUCUGUGAAUAAAACAUGGAAACGUGCAA